ACAUGGUCACUGACGUGAUUUAACUCAUUUAGACAAACCAGUGCGCUUGGGUCACUUCGCAAAAAGCUUUGGUUCUUGAAAGCUACUGCUCAACUUAAUCAUUAUGAAGUUGAACCCUUUGAUUUUGUUGGCUUUGAUAUCAAACUUCCAAAUUUCCGUCCUCGCAGCAAAAAGACGGCAGCAAAGUAGUCAGGGGAACAGCGAGCACACGGUUGACUACCAAGAGCUCAAUAAAAUGGGAGAAAGAAUGUGCAACAAAAGUGUGGAGGUCGUGGAAGAAAAGGUGAAGAGCGUAACAACACAGAUCAGCCUAAAUCAAGUCCUUUGCGAAACUCAAAUCAAGGCCAUACGCGAUAGCGAAGAAAUGAACAACCAAAUGUGUGAUUUCAGGAUGAAAUUAGCGAACCAACAAUGCAUCUUGAAUGGCACAAUCUCGUCCAUAUCUAAAAAUGGUAGAACUGUUUCUGGGCGUGUUGCAAGGAAGUUAAUGCCACUAUUUCCAGGAUCGAAGUAUUACAUCAGCAAGGAGAAGAUGAGUUGGCAUCUGGCAGGCAAGUUUUGCAAAUCAAACGGUAUGGAGCUGGCUAGUAUCGAAACAGAGGCCGAAAAUAACGCUCUUCUCGAUGCCAUUGAUGAUGAGAACUCGAAAGAAUUUUAUUGGCUGUCUGGCAGCGAUUUGGGGUCAGAAGGAACUUUCUAUUGGGCUGGGACAGGUUUGGAUGUUAGCGGAUUUACUUACUUCGCCGAAGGACAACCGGACAAUCGUGGUGGCAAAGAACACUGCCUUCAAUUCUGGAGAUUUUCAUCUGCUACUCUUGCUUGGAAUGAUCAUCAAUGUCAGCUAAAUUUCCGUUUUAUCUGCGAGGUCAACGAAAAUGUGCUGUGAGGGGUGGAAAAUUGUGAAGGGACGCUGAUUUGAAAUGCAGGUGUUUCGACACAGGAUGCAAUAAAAAAUGCACCAUAUUAU